AUGAAGUUCGGCAAGACGUACAUGGAGACCAUGGCGGAUCCCGCGUUCCCUGCGGAAUGGCGGAAUGGCGCUCUCGAAUACAAGCAUCUCAAGAAGCUCAUCAAUGGUGUUGUUGCCGAACUCGAAUCCAUCGGUCUCGGCGCCGACGUCCUUCGAGAGCUUCUGAUUCGCCCGGAGGAUGAACCAAACGAGUCCCCGCACGCUUCGCCAAAGUCGAAACCCAAGCCACUACCAGCAGACGCCGUCGAGUCAGAUUUUGCGCUGGCAGACGACUCGGGCAACAGCUCAGAACAGGAAGACCAAGAGGACACUCGUGACAAGCUCACCCCCGCAGGAAAGUGGGUUAGCGACUUUUCUGUCGACAUGAUCCGAAGAGCCUCGUCCCCAGGCAGAAACGCUCUUUCAGACGCUUCAACAACUGCGCUCCAACCAGAACAAGUACAGAAUCAGCAAAAUGGAUCCAACUUGUUAGUCGUCCCCACUUCACCCAAGCCACGCCGUUACAGCCAUGGCAUCCAAGAGGUCAGUUCGUCACUGGCCAAUGUUGGUCUACAGUCAGAAACACGUGGUCGAGCUUCCUUCAGCGCCGAUGCACGCCCAGACUCGGAUAGAUGGGCAGGGCUUGGUCGCAAAGACUUGGCAGCAAUGGGUCUGUCUAAGAGGCCUUCCGAUGGUAGUGCUGCUGUUGGAUCCAGUCGUCCUCACGAGCCUAGCCCAGGUCGCCACGAUUGGAGCGCCAGCAAAUGGAGGGAGGAGGCAAAGCUAGAUUGGGAUCCCAGCUCAAAUUCGGCUGUUAGCGGUCGAUUGUUGGCUGCACCUCCCCAUGCCUCGCGCACCGACAAGAGUGCCAGUCCAGCAAGGCACCGUUGGGUCGAGGGCAAAUUCGGACGACGUGCGCGUGCCGAAUACGAGCUCGGUGGAACGCCAGAGCACCCGGUACCACGCAUUCGACUCUUUAUCGAGUCUCCACUGCCAUCCGACGGCGAAGAAGACGUCGAGAAUGCUCGCAUCGUCUCGGACGACAACAGCAGCAGUAAGAGCUUUGAAGAGCAGAUCACCGAGCUCCCCGUCUCUUCGACCCGGCGCUUCUCCAACAUCCCCGAGGAUGGUCCCGAGGGCGAGACGCGAGAGCAAAAGGUUGAGCGCCAAACCGAGAUUCGUCGCAAACGUGGUACGCGCUCGCGCGAAAUUGUGAUUCCUCUCACCGCCGAUACGCAGUUUUUGGACACGCUGACGCACGCGCUACAGAAUCUCUCCAACAUCCAGUCGCACCAGCGCGACAACUUUGUAUUCGAGACCGAGUCGUUGUGCUCGGCGAUCGCGCGCGCUUCGAGUCCAUAUGCCACCAAAAACGAUCUGUACGUGUGGAGGGAGAUCUUUGGUCUUUGGGUCGACAUGCAGGUGUUUGAAAGUCAACGUGAAAAGGAUCGCGGCGAGCUGAGCAUUGAUGAAAGCGAAGCUCGGUUGAAACGAUUUGCUAUCGAGCUCACCAAGCGCGGUUGGAUCCACGAUCCGAGCUCGCCCGUGCCCACGUCGGGCAGAAAGGGGCGACUGGUCAAGCUUAAGCUUGGAUCAGGGCCAAGCAGUCAGGGUCUCAAGAACCAGGCGAGUGCAGCGGCGAUCGAAGAUUUCCUGCGUCUUAACUUUGCCCUGCUUGAUGUCAAGAAGUUCCAGCGGGUCAAUGUGGAGGCAGCACGCAAGAUUCUCAAGAAACACGACAAGAGGACGGCUUUGACGGCUAGCAACGAUUUACGUGCUUUCAUGGCGCAGCAGGAGGCGGCUCGACGUGCCAUGGGGAUCAAGGCUGUGGGCUCGGGAGGUGUGAUGAGCGUGCCAACGUCGGCAUUGGAGCCUGUAGCUGAUGUGACCAACGGUAUCUCGACUGCGCUUGUCUCGUCCGCAGCACAUCCCUCGCUCGCCGCGCUGCUACCGUCAGCUACAACCGGGAUCCUUUCGGAAUCGCUCCCACACAUCCUGCUCUCGCUGGUCACCACAGCGCUUCUUCCGAUCCUACCCGCGGUCGACGAUUACAGCUGUGCCAUCUGCACAUCGGUAGCAUGGCGACCGGUCCGACUCGACUGCUCGCACCUCUUCUGCUUGCGCUGUCUGGUCAAGCUGCAACGACAGGGCAAAGACGAUUGUCCGCUCUGCAGAGCGCGCGGUGUGGUCAAGACGGCCGAUCGUCGAAACAUGGACGAAGAGGCCGACAAGUAUCUACAGACUUGGUUCCCUCGUGAGGUCAAGGAGAAGAACAAGGAAAAUGAAAAGGAUCGUCGACAGGAGGAAUUAGAGGCCAUGGGUCUGCGCGAGAAGGAGUGUGUGAUUCAGUGA